AUGACCAUCCUAUUUAGCUUGGUUGCUCGAGGUUCGACUGUAUUGGCUCAUUAUGCAAGUUGUAGUGGUAACUUUACCCAAGUCAGCGAUCAAAUAUUAGCCAAGUUGCCAUCCAACGAUAGUAAAUUGACCUAUUCCCAUGAUGAUUACCUAUUCCAUUACAUCCAGGAAAAUAGCAUCGUUUACUUAUGCAUCACCGAUAAGGAUUUUGAACGAUCAAUUGCCUUCCAAUUCUUAACGGAUAUCAAAAGAAGGUUUUUAGGUCUUUAUCGUACUGUCGCUCAAACUGCUGUCCCAUAUUCACUUAAUAGUGAAUUUUCUAUUAUUUUGUCAUCGGAAAUGAGUCGACAUUCCGAAGGAUUGAGUGACAACAAUAAGAUUAAUAAGGUCUCGGAAGAUCUAGACGAGCUUAAAGGAAUAAUGGUCAGAAACAUUGAAAGCAUAGCAACGCGUGGAGAGAAAUUGGAUUUAUUGGUAGAUAAGACUGAAGAUUUAGAGCAGACGUCUUUGACUUUUAAGAAGUCGAGCAAAAAGUUAUCUCGCGCCAUGUGUAUGAAGAAUGCCAAGUGUACAAUAUUUUUGGUCGUUAUUGUACUGCUGGUCAUCUUUUUCAUCUUUGUUGGUGCGUGCGGUGGUUUCAGUUUUCCCUGUACGAAGAAGAAACAUUAA